GUUUCCCUUUCUUCAUCCAUCCAUCCCCCAUCCGUCUACCUCACUUCUAUCAUCUUCAUCAUCCCGCAUUAUCGCGUCCACUUGUGCGUGGUGUAAACUCUUCUACAGUUAAUCUUCACUGUCGACUUAUACUGUUCAGCUCGUCCUCCAGCUUCUGGACAAACCUUAAUCAGAGCAAUCGCCUUCGCUUCCUCAAAGUCGCGAACUCAGUGGCGUAUCACCCGCGACUUGCGAAAGCUAUCGAUCGAUCUCUCAUUCUUUCUUCGACAGACCCCCAAUCAACUACAAUCAUGUCUGGCAAGUUGGACAAGUCUCUCGACGAGAUUCUCGUCAGCCGCCGCCAGGGUGCUCGUCGUCGCGACCGCCGUUCGGCCCCUAAGGCCGCCGCUGCUUCUGUUCCAGUCGGUGGAGUCAAGAAGACCACCAAGACUGCUAAGCCUGCCGGCAAAGUCGCUCAGAAUGGACACCCCGUCUCGCGUGAAAGUAAAAUCAUGGUCAGCGGCUUGCCUGCCGAUGUGAACGAGGCCAAUAUCAAGGAAUACUUCACAAAGUCUGCAGGUCCCGUGAAGCGAGUUAUGCUCACCUACAACCAGAACGGUACUAGCCGUGGAAUCGCAUCCAUCGUCUUCAGCAAGCCCGACACAGCUGCGAAGGCUGCCAAGGACUUGAAUGGCCUUCUAGUCGAUGGUAGACCCAUGAAGAUUGAGGUUGUCGUUGAUGCCUCCCACGCGCCCGAUGUUGCUGCUCCCAAGCCCCUUGGUGACCGUGUCGCUCAAACCAAGCCCAAGCCCAAGCCUGCUACUGCCAACAAGGCCGCUACUAAUGCCCAGGGACGUGGUCGCCGUGGUGUUCGUAAGAACGGGCGCACUUCCAACCGCCCCAAGCCCAAGACCGUCGAGGAGCUUGAUGCCGAGAUGGUUGACUACUUCGCUACCACUGAUAACACCGGCCCUGCUGAGGGUAACGCUCAGACGAACGGAGCCCCUCAGCAGCAACAGGCUGCCGCUGGUGAGGACCUUGGCAUGGCUGAGAUCUCUUAAAUGAUCCACGAUACAUUUUCAUCUGUGAAAACGAUGUGAAGAUGUCGUUUAAAUCCUUCGCCACCUGGCCACACUCUUUGCGCACUCGGGGUCUGCCGGUUGGAUUCGAGUCGAAUUCCCCUUAACACUUUCAUCCCUUUCCUCUUUUUUCCUCCACUUUUUCUGCAUUUCGGACUCAUGUUGCUCGCGGUUUGCUUUUCUUCGCCUUCACUCCCCCUCAUCUUAUCCCUGUGUCCCUUUUAUUUUUACUUUGUUUUGCCCGUUACGUUCAGGACUUUUCGGUGGUGGGAAGAUCGGGUCUGUUAUCUGUAUCUAAUAAAGAAACUUGUGGUCUCAAUGCAUCUCC